UCAUGUGGGACGACCAUUUAAUUCAGUCAAGUCAGAGGUUGUCGCGUCGAAUCGCUGUGCUCCACGCCCUCUCCAUCUCUCUCUCUCUCUCAAACCCACGACCACGUCUCGUCUCGCUCGAACCCGAUCCGGUUCGAUCCCAGGCUCCAAGAUCUCCUGCAAGAUCCCUCCUCCACUUCCCCGCCGACAGGUUCUCGCUCUCUCGAUCUCUUCUUCUGGGUAGCUCUCCGAUUCUCGUCCUCGCAGCUGAAUUUUCUUGAAUCUGGCCGUCUCCGGCCAGACCCACUAGAUCCCGGCUCCCGUUUCCCCGAUCCCGCGUCCCGAAUCCGGUAAUGCGAGCCGUGCUCCGCCCGAAACCGACGCGGAUCGCUUCCUCGAGCACCCGCGCGUCAGGUGUUUGUUGAAAGUCCUCCGAAUUGGAAGUGUCAAUCUGUCUUAGACCCACUUGAAUUGAGCGAAGAUCCCGCGAGUUUCUAGCUUCGGUGCUGAAUUAGGAGCUGGGUUUGGCAAUUUACCAUGUCUUCCAUUCGAUUAGAUUCCCAGAAGCCGUACUUCGCCACGACCGGCCUCGUGGUGGGCUACGCUCUCUCCUCGAGUUUGCUUGCCGUGAUCAACAAGUACGCCAUCACCAAGUUCAACUACCCCGGCCUCUUGACGGCGCUUCAGUACUUGACUUCUGCUCUGGGCGUCUGGGUGCUGGGGAAGGUCGGGUUCCUGCACCACGAUCCGUUCGUCGUCGAGACUGCCAAGAAGUUCUUCCCUGCUGCUCUCGUGUUCUAUCUCGCGAUAUUCACGAACACGAACCUCCUGCGCCACGCCAAUGUGGACACGUUCAUUGUCUUCCGGUCCUUGACGCCCCUUCUGGUUGCCUUGGCCGAUACCGCAUUCAGGAAACAGCCGUGCCCGUCGAAGUUAACAUUUGCGGCGCUAGUCGUUAUCCUAGGUGGUGCUGUUGGGUACGUGGCCACUGAUUCGGCUUUCACGUUGACUGCGUAUUCUUGGGCAGUUGCUUAUUUGAUCACGAUCACGACUGAGAUGGUGUACAUAAAGCACAUGGUCAUGAAUCUUGGAUUGAACACUUGGGGUUUUGUGUUGUACAACAAUUUGCUGUCGUUGAUGAUGGCUCCAAUCUUCUGGGUUCUCACAGGAGAGUACGGUGACGUUUUCGCUGCUUUGGGAGCCAAUGCAGGGAACUGGUUUGAUUAUGAUGCAUUCUUUGCCGUCUCUUUGUCAUGUGUAUUUGGUUUGCUGAUCAGCUUCUUUGGUUUUGCCGCAAGAAAGGCAAUCUCUGCAACAGCAUUUACUGUGACGGGGGUUGUGAACAAGUUUCUUACAGUUGUCAUCAAUGUGCUGAUCUGGGAGAAACAUGCGAGUCCAUUCGGUUUAGUUUGUCUCUGCAUUACUAUCAUUGGAGGAGUCACAUAUCAGCAGUCAGUCAGUGGACCAAGCAAUACUACAGCUCAGCGUGAGUCCACUAUGCCUAAGCAGGUAGACAGUGAGAAUGAAGGUGAUGAUUUUGUAGAGGAUAGGCAGGGAAGGGUGACUAGUAAACUUGCUGUAUGAGUUACAUUGUAUUGCCUCUUUGAUUAUUCUAGAUGGUGAAUAGAAUAGUGAUGCGCCAUCUUUAGCAUAAAGCUACUUGAGAUUUGAGGCCUCUAGUUUGCAAUGUGUUUUGACUAUUAUUGUGAUUCUAUUGUCUCUUUUAGAAUGUAUUGAUGUUCUUAUGAAUUAUGUUUGAUGUGUUGUUCAAUCGCUUUUGCAAGUAAA